AUCUAUUAUUUAGCUUUUAGAGCAGAUGUGUCAGAACUUUGUUUUUCACUGAAGGCCAUAAACAGGGCUGGGAUAUAUUAAACUGUCAGAAAUGUACUCAUUUGCCUCAGUGUGUGUGUCCCUGGCAGACCUUUAAAGAGUGUUUAACCUGUUCUGCAUCCACUGCGUGGGUCCAUGGUCCAGUUUGCAUUACUUCUGCAUUUCUGUUUGAUUAAACCUGGAAAAAUGCAAAGCAACUGACCAACAUUGCCUAAAAAGAGUAAUCCUUUCAAAACUGCCUCGUGAAAUCUCCCUUGAAUGAGCAGGUUGAUGGCUUAUUUAUAGUCACCUGCAGAGACAGAGCAUCCAAAACUUGUCAUGUUGCAAAGUGCAUGACAGAAAUAAAAUCUGUUUUCACAUAUUAUGGUUGCAAGUUAUUCACUGAAGAAAAAAAAUAUAUAAUUUUGACGAUAUUUUCACAUGUUGGUUCAGUUGCAAAUUUGGGCACAUCUCAUGGAUCUAUAAGUGAUGUAUAAGUGAGUAUACAUGAUGGAAAUGUAUUUAUUUUCACAAUUACCACAGAAAAUUCCUAGAAUUUCAACAUUAAAGAAAGAAAAUACAGAAAUAAAAGCAGUUUAAGAGUACAGGUUGAGUAACCAGUAACAUUUUAUCUACAAUUAUACGCGUUUGAAGGAAACCACACCGGCCUCAGAGACAUGGCGUCCCAGGUGAGGCUGAGACUUCUGCCGAGCGCCCGCUGUUUGUUCAGCGAGCCCGUCCAGGUGAAGGUGGCCGGCCUGGAGUCCAAGCAGGUGGUCACCUUGAGAGCCGAGUCGCUGGACGAGAGGAACUUGGUCUUCAGCUCCGCGGCCACCUACAGAGCGGACCAGAGAGGCGAGAUCGACCUGAGCAGAGACGCCUCGCUCAGCGGCAGCUACGUCGGGGUGGAGCCCAUGGGCCUGCUGUGGUCCAUGAGACCGCAGAGCCUCCACACGAAGUUCAAAAAGACCAGCUCUCUCACGCCCUACUACGUCAAGUUCUCGGUGCACGAGGAGGGAGGCGGGACGACGCUGGCAGAGGCCGUCAACGAAAGGUAUCUGCUGGGGGAUCAGGUCCGACGGGUUCCCGUCAAGGAGGGGAACGUUCGAGGCGUGCUGUUUAUCCCUUCAGGAAACGGUCCGUUCCCCGCGCUGUUGGAUCUGUACGCCUACGCUGGCGGCGUGUCGGAAAAAAGGCCGUCUCUUCUGGCCAACCACGGCUUCGUGGUUCUGACACUGCCGCUGUACGGCUAUGACGACAUGCCCAAGAAAGUCGACAAAUUCCAUUUGGAUCAUUUUGAAGAAGCUUUAAAUUUCUUAAGAACACAAGACAAGGUGGGCGGUAAAGGAGUUGGAGUAAUAUCAUUUUCCAAAAGUGGAGAUCUGGCACUUUCAAUCGCCUCCUUUCUGCCGGGUGUUGAGGCCACAGUGUGGAUCAACGGCUGCUCUGCCAACACAGCGUUCCCCCUCUUCUAUAAGGAAAAGCAAAUCCUCCCCCCAUUACAACCCGAUAUAGCAAAAGCUGAAGUCACCGAGUCAGGGGCCUACAUGUGUAAACGGUGUCUGACCAGGUCUUCAGCUGAGGAGAACAAGGACACUUUGGUCCCCAUUGAACAAGCCAAGGGACGUUUUCUCUUUGCGGCCGCUGAGGACGACCUGAACUGGGACAGCAAGGGCUUCAUGGAGCAGAUGGUGGAGAGACUGAAGCAUCAUGGGAAGGAGAACUUUGAGAGUGUGUGUUACCCUGGAGCCGGGCAUUACCUAGAGCCACCUUAUGGACCCUACUGCCCCUCCAGCAUACACUCACUUAUAGGCAAGCCAGUGCUGUGGGGCGGAGAGCCCGGGUCCCACUCGGCAGCUGAGAUCCACCUGUGGAUGAAGAUCCAGGAGUUCUUCAGGACUCACCUGAGAUGUGACGGUCCACCAGCUGAAGCAAAGCUGUAGUCAGCAGUUAUUCCUAAAUGCAUGUGUUUGGACCGUAGGAGGGAGUUCAUAGCAUUCUGCACACAGUAAAGCCUUUUUUAAUAGAGCCUGAUAUCAGAUUUAGAGGUUCAUAGUCACAAUAAAUAUCUGGUCACCUUGAAGCAACUUUGAUACGACACAAUAAAACUAUAAAGGAAAUGAGAAGCGUGAAAUAAAACAUCUUAACAAGUAUUGCUUGUCCUUGAAGCAAGAGAAGCGAGAUCUGAUUUUAAGCUUGUACAUAUUGUUCAAUGUAGAACAGUGAUUUAGUGAUUUAUUUAAAUGUUGCUGUUAGUUUUUUUUUUUUAAUACCACUGGUGCUCUUUGUGUUUCUGUUUUCGGCUGAUGUCUUUCUGUCAUUUCAGCUCAGCAGAGCUCAUUUCAGCCGCUGGCUUUGAAAAAACAGAUCAUUAUUUAACCAUCUAAAACAGAAAUCCUGGAGCACAUUUUGAUUUUCGUGAUAAAUAAACCUCACAGAUCGGCGCGGCACUAUGGCUCCCAUGUGAUCUCUGUUUAUUUCAUCUCUUUAAGGAAACCAGAACAUUGCAAAGUCUCAGUCUCACAACAUGGUGCAUCACUGUUUACAUGGAGGUGUGUGUAUGAACUCAUGUCCACGAAGACUGGUGAGAUUGUAUCUGAUUAUGCAGGAAUGACCUUGAAGUUAUUGGAGUCAGGUAGUAGAAUGUCUGGCGAUAAAAGAAAAAUAAGUUGUCUUGUCAGCUGCGGAAAAAGGAGGAGUUUCUUCUGAUCCUGUGAGAACACCUGAUUCUUUUCUAACAAUCACACCACAGCGUGUGGAUAAGAGAUAAUCCAGGGGCUCUGGGCUGAUCUGAGGGCAGAUUAAAGGAAGUUCACAUAUUAAAUUUUGGU